AUGGAUAUCAAAAGAACCAACACGUUGUCCUCUACCACCCUCACAUCUCAGCCGCUGCCAACCGUCGUCUGGAUCACCGAAAAAAGCAAGAAAUUGGCCGGUUUUUACCCAAAAUUUCCAUUGCUCGUUCAGGCGAUUCCGAGCACCAUUUUCUUCGAUCCAGUAACAAAGGGGAGGGGCUACUGUUCUGGAAUUUUGGGGGAGAUGAACAGUAACGUUCGUAACGGAACUUCAAAAAAACUGACGGAAAGGACAGGAGAGGCAGUGAACGCAAAAGCGUACCCUUUGGCCGAUGCGCAGCUGACGAUCACAAUACUCGACCUGGUUCAACAGGCAGCUAACUAUAAGCAGCUUAAAAAGGGUGCCAAUGAAGCGACUAAGACCCUGAACAGGGGUAUUUCUGAGUUCGUAGUGAUGGCGUGUGACACUGAGCCGAUUGAGAUUCUUCUUCACCUUCCCCUGUUGGCUGAAGAUAAGAAUGUUCCCUACGUUUUUGUCCCUUCGAAGCAAGCACUUGGCCGAGCCUGUGGUGUCACAAGACCUGUCAUUGCGUGUUCUGUGACUUCCAAUGAGGGAAGUCAAUUGAAGUCGCAAAUACAACAGCUCAAGGAUGCCAUUGAGAAACUCCUUAUCUAA